AUGAGUGAAUUCAUAGACCGUCCACGAUCAGAACUUACCGAAUUCGAACUCGCCAAACUUGAAGAGUUUGAAUUCUUACAUGGACCCAUGUCACUUAUAAACCAAGCCCAGAAACAAAACACACCCGUGAUAAUAUCGUGUCGAAAUAACCAUAAACUAGUUGGUAAAAUUCGAGCUUUUGAUAGGCAUUGUAAUUUAGUAUUGGAAAAUGUUAAAGAAUUAUGGACUGAGACGGUGAAGAAUGAAUUCAAUCAGACGAAGAGUGUGUCGAGAGAGAGGUUUAUUAGUAAGAUGUUUUUAAGAGGAGAUUCAGUUAUUAUAAUAUUGAAAGCUUGA